AUGCAUGACGCCUUCUUUAACCGGGGGAACAUCGAAGGGCCAGCAUUUCCCUUCUACCCCCGCAUGGCAGCCGAGGAAUACCAGAUCGACGUACUGGGGCCAAUGGAGCCACAGCGCCCAAAACCGGUCCGUGGGACCGUCCACGACGAGAAUGCCUGGGCUCUGAAUGGCGUGUCAGGACACGCAGGCUUGUUCUCGACGGUCGAGGAUACGGCCAUCUACUACACUGCGGGACCAAUGGCCAGUCUUCAGACGGCCAGUCAUACCGGCUUUACGGGGACCACUCUGGUGAUUGACAGGCCGUCAAACACGUUCUUCCUUCUUUUCGCCAAUCGCGUCCACCCCAGUCGAAACUGGUCCUCGAAUAAUAUCGUCCGGGAAGCUCUGGGCUACUGGGUGGCCAAGUCCUUGGGAAGAGAUGUCUCCUUUCCGCCCCUUUGA